AUUUCCGAGCAUCCUAAAUCUCGCGGCUACGCUGCACGCGUUAGCCCCGCGCUGCGCAUUCUUCCCGGUCUGAGGAGCUGUCUUUGAUUCGGUUCAACAGUCGCUAAGCAAGCGAUCGGAAGCUGUUAGUCGUCGAACUCGAAUCAACCAAGCCAGUCGGUCUAGUUGUCGCGUGCAGACAGUCAGGCACCCAGGCGGUCAGGCGAUCACGUCAUCAGGCGAUCAGGUCAUCAGGCGAUCAGGCGACCAGGCAAUGCCUCUCCUCGCUGUGUCCCAUCGCAUCUCCCUCUCUCCUCUCACCAGUAGCCAUAGGUUCGCCGUGAAUCCACACGGUCCAGUUAUAAGGAACCUCAAAUCUAGCGUCUCCGUUGAUGCGUCGAGGCAUCUGCUAGUCUCCGCUCCGCUCUCUGCGCCUCUGCGAGCGCCUGUGCGACUAUCGCCCGAGGUAUCGCGUAGGGAUUCGUCCGUUUCUCGGCGACGAAUUACUGCCAUGGCGGAGGCGAGCGACGUCGCAGGGGCGUCGCAGGCAACUGAGGGGAGUCGCAUGAAAGUGCUUUUCGUGGAGAUGGGCGUGGGAUACGACCAGCACGGGCAGAAUGUGACGAAGGCAGCAAUAAAGGCGUGUCGAAACGCCAUCACUUCCAACUCCAUCCCGGCCUUCCGCACAGGUGCCAUCCCAGGUGUGUCGUGGCAGCAGAUGAAGCUUCAGGUGCGGCUAGGAGUGCCCAGGGAGCUUCAGGCGGACCUCGAUCUUGCCCAAGUCAAGGCCGUCUUCCCCUAUGGUGAGAUUAUUGCAGUUGAAGUGGUGGAUGGUGGCCUUAUCUGUUCAAGCGGGGUGGCACUUGAAGCACUUGGUGAUCGUAAUGACGACUGCUAUGUUGUAAAUGCAGCUGUCUAUGUAGGGUAUUGAACCUUUUCAUGUUCUACUAACACGAACAUUUGGUUUUCAAGGUACACCGAAUCACCGAGCCAACACAUUUUGCGUUCAAGCCUAUAAAAAGGUGAAGCUUGG